GUCGCGCGGCGACAGCGAGAGAGCACGGCAGCCCGGGACCGGCCAGCGGGACGGCGGCGCGGCGGUGCUACUCAGAGGGUGACGACGUGGGCCGGAGACUGCGACGCUCGGCGAGGAUGAGGCCCCUCUGUCUGGUGCUGGGGGCUCUGAUCUCAGCUGGGCCUUCCCUGGCCGCGGUCGUGGUUCCGGAUCUUCACGAUACGCUGCUGCCGCCACCUAUCAACGACCCGAACAACCACGACCAAGAUGACGUCAUGCGCACCUUGACGGUGCGAUGGCCACAAAAGGCGGGAUCGGUGGCAGCUCGCGUGGUGGAGAUCACUGAUGACAUCACGGCAGAGCUGCCAGAUGAGGAGACUAACCGGGUAUCACGCCAGCUGGACAAGAGACCUGGCAUACUCAGCGACCAGCCGGGACAGUCGGGCCGAGCGGUUGAACAGUCACCCAUCGAGCGGUACGACGGACCCGUCAGCGAACGGUACCAGGAGCACGGGGGCUCGUCAGAGAACGAGUUCACCCCCGAGGGCAUAGAGGAGGUGCGUUACAGCCGACCACAGGCUCCUGACCUCAGUGACCCUCAGCAGGAGGUCACCGAGUACAACCCGUACCAGCUGUUCCCGCAGAGUUUCCACGAGCUGCUCGACAUCCCAAUUCACGUGUUCAAGAACGGCACGGAGGUGCGCAGCCACCAGAGGCCCCGAGGCCCCACAGUCAGCGGAGGGUACGCCAACACCAACCUACAGGGCUAUGGUGCCGAGCAGACGUCCGCCGUCCAACGACGCUCAACCACCACAGCCACCACCACCACCACCACCACCACCACCACCACCACUACUGCAGCACCGACCACCAGACGGCGCACCCGGCGCCCGCUCGUCACCGACGGCGUGCAGUACGUCACCACCACGCCGCGCGCCAAGAUCGUGACGCCCGGCAGUGGCCAGUUCGGCUCACGCGUGACGGCCGACUCGCGGCGUCCGGUCACCGUCCGGCCAUCUCACCAGCAUGGCAGCUUCGCUUCGCACGGCUUCGGCACAGACCAAUCAGACGACCACUUCGGCGGCCAUGACCUUGGCUCCGCGCCCUUCGACCAAUCAGAGGACGAGCCGGCAGUGACGCGUGCGCCGCUGCACCAACAGCUGGCGUUCCGGCGACGACCGGGCGGUUUGAAAACUCGCAAGCGCGUGCCGUUCAUUCCCCGGCCAUCUUCUGCUGAGAAAGAGCGACAGCCAGUUCGAGAUAUCCCGAACAGAGAAGAAGAGGACGACGAUCUGUAUACCGACGCUUUUUCACACGACUUCCCCGCCUUCCCGAACUUUGAGACCAACUUUGGCGAUUUUGGCCGUCGUAAGGACACGCCUCCCGCUACGACAACGACCACCACCAGGCGCCCGACCGAGGUCACCAGAGAGGUGUAUCACGUGACACCCAGCGCAGUGGAGCCCCAGUCGUGGCGGGACACAGUGACGCCGCGGCCUGCACCGGUCGAGAACAAGGACAAGAGGCACGGCUCGCCGAAGAAGCCCAUAUUCCGGAAACCGCUUCCGGAGCCGCAGCUGGUCGGGGGCUUCCAGAAGCCUUUCCGUCUCACUCCAGAGACGGCCCUCGAGGAGGAGUCUCAUGCUGAGGAAGGUGAGAAGCAACAGGAAGGUCUGUUCUCUCCGGAGAACCAGGCCCCGUCGCCGCAGAAUCAGAAGCCAUUCUUCCAGCAGCAGCAGCAGCAGCAGUCGCUUUCUCACGCCGAGCAGCAAGAGCAGCAAACAUCAUCUCACCAUCGUAGUCCUGCUCCGCACCAACAGCAGCAAUUCCAGCCCCAGGAGCCGUUCCAGCCCCAGGAGCCGUUCCAGCCCGUCUUCCCGAACAGCGGGCAGGUACAGCGGCGUCGCGGCUCCGGUGAGCUCGGCAAGCUCAGCACCCUACAGAUGCUGCACCCCAAGCUCUCCAAGCCGAGCGUGGCGCAGGUGCUCCGUGUUCCCGAGGGCGGCGGAUUCUUCAGAGUGUUCUCUUUCAUCAUCAUCAUCAUCUUCUUCUUCUUCUUCUUCUUCAGUCUCUUCUUCCUUUUCUUCCUCUUCCUGAUCUGCAUAGAAAUCAUAGUAAUCGUCCGAUGA